GUACGUGUGUAUGUGUGUGUGUGCUCUGUCUUUCUCGGACGCAGGAGCGCGCGGUAGCGACGUGGACCGACAUGAGAGUCGCGCGCCACCGCCAAUCGUGGAAGCAUGCUGGAGUAGAAGAGCGGAUGAGUGCACGCAAGCAGAACGAAUCGGUCUUAUUGUGCAUUUGACGUCGCAUUACAUUUGAUUUCUUUUUAAUUACUUGUUUUUGUUUUUCAUCUUAUGCGCGCGAUGGCGGUGCGCAGCAGCUCCUUGAUACCUUUCUCGAUUCAGGCGAUUUUAAACAGAAAAGUGGAGGAGGAAGAGGAUGAAGAAAAGGGCGACGACGGAAGGCGCCGUCUAAAAGAGCUGGACGUGUGUUUUUCGAAAAGUGCGUGCUGGAAAAUAUUCGGAGGAGCGCACGAGGACGACACGCGCGAGGACAGGGACAGAGAGAGAGAGACAGCGCGCGUGGCGACGAGCCACCACCACCAUAAGAGCUACGACUCAGACUCUGGGCUCAGUGAGGACCACCAGCACGACCAGCACCACGAUGGGGAGGGGAAAAGCGGGUCGGGGCGCGAGCACGAACAGCACGACGACUGCGACUCGCGCGCACUGGACGAGAGCUUUCAGGAUGAGACGGACCGAGAGUCCACGGCUGCUGAGCAAGCGCGAGAGCUGAGCGACUGCGAGCUCCUAGCCAGCGUGUCCGACUGUACUAACACGGAGGAGAAGGUCUCCGAGCAGCCCGGCGGAAAGCAACGCAAGAAACGCUCCAGAGCAGCCUUCUCGCACGCGCAGGUGUUCGAGCUCGAGCGCCGCUUUAGCCACCAGCGCUACCUAAGCGGGCCGGAGCGCGCGGACCUGGCGGCGUCGCUAAAGCUGACUGAGACGCAGGUGAAGAUCUGGUUCCAGAACCGGCGCUACAAGACCAAGAGGCGCCAGAUGGCCGCGAGCAGCGCCGCAUCCGCGGCCGCCGCCGCCGCCGACUUGCUUCUGCCCACUGCUAAGCGCGUCGCCGUUAAAGUGCUCGUGCGCGACGACCGCAGGCAGUACUCUCCCGGAGAGCUGCUGCUGCUGCGGCCUCCACCUCUCCUCGCGCUCCAGCCGCCAUCUUCCUCUUCUUCUUCCUCCUCUCCUUCAUCAUACUGUUACUACUAUCACCCACACGCGUACUGCGCGCCCGCCUGGACCCUGUCCGCGUCCGCGUGCGCUGGGAACCAGUGAAAAAAAAAUAUAUAUAUAUAUAUUGGGGGGGAAAGAGAAAACUGAUUUCUUUGUAUGUUUGUCUGUGUGUUUGUUUGUUUGGAUUUUACGCUCCUAACAAAUACAAAAUAUGGAGGGAGAGACGACAAGACUUCAACUGUUUUAAGCUGAACCAAACCUAAAGACUAAUGACAUCACUCUAUUAUAUUAUUAAUGUGAUACUUUUCGGUGUUAUUUUAAUUAUUAUUGAUGUUAUUAUUAAUGCAUUCUUUUCCUGAAUGUAUAUGGGAAUUUUUCGUUCUCUUUUUUUCUUCCUCACUUACACCCAGAGAAACAUAGAUGUAUAGGUGUAACGGAAAGACUCCAGCACGUCCGGUCUAUAAACUAUUACCUGCGCAAACUAAACACCAGUGUGUGUGUGUGUGUGUGUGUG